AUGGAGCCUGAGGAGCACAAGGACCUGGAAACAGUCGUCCGCGACGCUCGGAAGGCGAAGAAGGCUGCUCGCGAGAGUGAGGCAGUGCAAGGUGGGGACGUCGAGGCGUCUGCAGUUCAAGAUCAGCCUGCUGCUGGAUCGCAAACACAGGAGGAAGAAGUUUCCCAUGAAUUCCAAGGUUCGACGGAGCACACCCGCGAGGGUGGUGCUCAGGCGUCUGAGGGAGGCGCCAAUGCGGUUGAGCCCCCGGCGGCGGAUCGAGUUUCGGACUCUCCGCAGCCGGAACAAGAAGAGGAGACUGCCAAGGAUGUGCCGGUCAACGUUAAGACUGAAGUGAUCGAGAUCGAGGAGUCGGAUGCCGAAGAGAGUUCAGCGCUUGAGGAUGCGGAUGUGUCUUCACGCUCGCCGCAGAGUUCGUCGAACCAAGCUCCGUCAUCGUCGCAGAGUCAAGCCCCUGAACCCGAAGUGUUACCGCGAGACGAUGCUUUAAACCCGGUUCCAGCACCUCAAAGUCUGAACGCAGAUGUGCGUCCAAGCUUGGGCGCGGGUGCUGAAACGGCUGACACGACUCAGCUCGAUGAGACGGCGGCGAAGAACUUUGUGGCACGCCAAGUGUAUCGCUGGGAGCAGAUGCGUUCAGGACGCGUCGUUCCGCCCUCAGUGGAGUAUGCUUGGCCGAAUCCGCGGCCAGACUUCUCGGCCUGGCAGGAGGCCACAAUGGCUACAUCAGACUACUUGCGACGUCGAAUGGCUCUGGAGAAUCGAGAUGCGGCUUGGAUCGCUGAGCUGCGUCCUGAACGCAGAGUGUUGGGCAUCGCUCAAGACCUGACCGCAGUUGCCAUCCCGCCGAGCAUGAUGUCUUCGCGUGAGUGUGCGGCAGUGUUGGAGACUCUCCUCUUUGAAGCUGGUUUUGAAUUCGUCAACGCGGUUCCAGACUGGUUCAUGACGCAUGCGUCCAAGAUCAACCCUGGAUAUAUGCGUUCAGUCGUGGAAGAGGUUCAGCAACUCCUGACUAUCGAGCUCAUCGAGUGGAAGCAGCUCACGGCUGGAGUGUCGUUCAAGGUCGUUCCAGCCUCGGAUACAAAACCUGCGUUCAAGGAAGAGAAGACACAAGACGCUCAAGCUGUGAAUGCCCGCGAGGGUCACCGCAAUCCCAAGCGCCCGCAGUAUCGGCCAGCUCGUCCGUUGAGUGUGUCGACUCCGUCUGUUCACUCGCUGGUCCCCUCGACCGACGUGAGCCUGAACGCAGAUGCCCGAGCCAUGAGCGUUCAAGGUUCGACCCUAAACGCAUCAUCGAGUGGCAUCUCAGACUCCGUUCCAAGCUUGAUCGGCCCGUCGGGGACUUCGAACGACUCGACGUACGCGACCUCCUUUCACACGCAGACAUCUCGGGACAGCUCGUCGUCGUCUUCGCUGAUGUCUCUGGGCCACAGUGCUUCAACGCAUAUGCGUCCAGGCCUGGUCAUGAGCGUUCAGGCAGGUGGAGCCUUGGCCGCAGCGCCCGACAUGGGCAUGUUCGUGACCAAGCCUGUUAUCCCUGCUCGCCGUACGCUGCCAGACCAGGACGACGUCGACAUGGCUGAGGUCGCAAGUGCUGAAACGCGAAGUAGCAGAACUGCGUCCAGGCGUCGGUCGUCCAAGGCGAAACCUGCGGUCAAGCAGGAGAAACUUGAACUUGCGCCGAGCGAGUCGGGGCUGACCUCGGAAGGCCUCCAGCAUUCGUCCAGAAGAUCGCGUCAUGAUCGUUCAGUGAGAACCCGGUCCAGCCGGACCAGUCGAUCUCUGCGUUCAGGCUCUCGGUCUUCGUCGGCGUCGUCCGGAGCUGCACAAGUGGCCUUGAACGUCAUGCGCCAACUUCAGGAACAGCAAGCAGCGUUCCAGACUCAGCUCAGUCAAGCUCAGCUGGACAUGCAACUGGAGAUGCAGCCCUACUCCGGCCCAGUUGAACCCGCGGACUAUGCGGCAGUGCACGAAGACCACCUCUUGCGCGCGCGUUCAGACGUCGCUGAAGUGGCGACCAAGCUCGCGAAGCAGCAGUACGAAGCGGACCGGGAGGACCUUGAGCGCCGCUGGAAGGGACGCCUGAACGCAGCCGAGGCCAAGCUUCAACGCGCUGAGGCUGAAAGCGCCAGCGCCGAAGCGGAGCGCGCUCGCCGCGCUGAAGAAGUCGACGGUGAGAUGAAGAAGCGCUUGGACUCCGUGCAGCAGACGAUUCGGAACGUACCCUUCGAGCGGAAGCGAGAACCAACGGAACGGGAGCUCGAACGCGACACUGCGCUGAACCGCCAGAAGUUCCUGGCCGACCAGAUCCGCGAACUGCGUGCAACCCUUUCCCAGGUUCAAGCUGUUCGUGCAGCUACGGCCCCUCAUCCCGCAACCGGAAUCAAGACUGAAACGUCGGCUGUCCCUCAAUCGACAACCUUGAAUCAAGUAUCCAGUGGUGCAAUCAAUGAUGGCGUGGCACCAGGUACCGGCUGUGUGCACUCAAAGAACACGACCGAAGUCGGUGCUGCCCAGCUACGUGCGACCGUGGGUACGAGUCUGCCGAAGAAGGAAGCUGCUGCAAGUUCCCAAGGGAUGGAAACUGUGACGACGUCGAAGAGCUCUGCAUCCAAGUCGGGAUCUGCGGCCAAGGGUUCAGCGUCAUCUGCGGCCAAGAAAAGUGCGGCCAAGAAAUCUGCGUCCAGAAGAUCCUCUUCCCGGAAGGGUAGCAAGGAGGACGCAGACCCGCCGUCUUCUGACCCAGAUGACUCCGACUCAAGCUCAUCAGACUCCAGCGGUGACGAUUCAAGCUCCUGUGACUACAGCAGCCGUUCCAGCGACGACUUCGACCUGGACCUGAGACGACCAAGGAAGACACGACCGUUUGGACGUAUCCACCGUACAUCAACUACAAUGCGGUUGAGAAGUUCAGCGAGUAUGCGUCCGUGGAAGAUCGCGUUGGCACAACUGGAUGAAGCUGUCUCGUUGUUCAUGGUCAUGUACUGCCGUACGACUGGUUCCUACUCUGAGCGCUACUACACCAUGAAAGUGCGUUCAGGCAAGACUCCACGCAAGUUCUUCUACCGGCGGAACGCAGCUGCGGUCAAGGCUGGGAUUGAGUUCUAG